GGCACUACGUGAAGUCUGGCCACAUUCCUUGGAGAAAGUUAAUCUAGUGGAGCCAUCACAAUCAAUGCAGCGUGCAGGGCAGAAGCUUAUACAAGGUCAGAAGGACUUGCCACUUAUUCAUAGUUAUGAUAGCAUCCAAUCAUUGACCAAAAGCAUCAAAAAGUCAGACAGAGAGCACGACCUUGUAAUUGCUUCCUAUGUUCUUGGAGAGAUACCGUCGCUCAAGGAUCGAAUUACUGUAGUACGCCAGCUUUGGGAUCUGACACGGGAUGUCCUGGUUUUGAUUGAACCUGGAACACCACAAGGAUCUAAUAUCAUAUCUCAGAUGCGUUCACAUAUAUUGUGGAUGGAAAAAAGGAAAUGCCGUAAAUCUAAAGAUGGAGCUGAUGAAACUACCAAGGACUUGGUCACUCAAAAGAGUGGUGCAUUUAUAGUUGCUCCGUGUUCUCAUGAUGGACAAUGUCCGCUGGAGAAAGCUGGAAAGUAUUGUCAUUUUGUUCAGCGCUUGGAGAGGACAUCUAUUCAGCGUAUAUUCAAG